GCCAAUCAAAUAUCUGACCGGCAAGAUGAAUAGAUUAUCCGAAUUCCAAAACGUUUUACAAGAGUUCAGUCCUCUACUUGACGCAUACUGGCCAUACCUUGUUGGGAUUGCCUUGGGGAUUUUGACCAUGAUAAGUAGAUGGAGUUUCAGGACCUAUAUGGGAGGGCCAGACUGUCCAAGUGAGGAACGUGUUGAUGAGAAAACCAUUAUAAUUACUGGUGCUUCUGGUGGAAUUGGUAAGGAAACUGCUAAGGAGUUGGCAAGAAGAGGAGGACAUAUCAUCUUGGCAGUUAAAGAUGAGCAAGCUGGAAAUAAAGUUGCUGAAGAAAUUAGAGCUUUGAUAAGUAAAAAGGUGGAUGUUAGACCACUAGAUCUUGCUUCAUUGAAAAGCGUUUGCUCUUUUGCUGAAAAUUUGGAUGUUGAUCGAGUCGACGUUCUAAUCAACAACGCAGGAAUCACAUUCCAUCCGUAUAUGAAGACUGAUGAGGGCUUUGAAAUGCAUUUUGUGACCAACUAUCUCGGACAUUUCCUUCUGACUCAGCUGCUAUUACCCAAACUUAAGGCAGCUAAACAGGGCAGAGUUAUAAAUGUAUCUGCUCAAGCACACAUUGCAAGCAAUAUUUACUUGGACGAUUUGAAUUUGGAAAAAAACUUUUCUCCGCUGGAAGCUUUUGGGCAGAGCAAACUUGCUUUAAUCCUAAUGGCUAAACAUAUGAGUCACAUCCUCAAAGAUACAAACGUAACAGUGAAUGCAGUUAAUCCUGGACGUGUAAGGGGAACACAGCACCUCAGAAGAUCUCCAUUAAGUUCUACUUAUAUAAUAAAAUUGUCGAUGCAGCCCUGGAUGUGGUUACUACUAAAAAAUCCAGUUCAAGGUGCGCAAACAUCAGUAUAUGCGGCUGUAUCAGGUCAGCUGGAUGAAUGCUCAGGAAACUAUUUCAGUGAUUGCAGCUUAGAAACACCAUCGGCACUAGCUAUGGAUGAAAAUCUUGCGGAGCAGUUAUACUUGAAGUCUCUUUCACUGAUACGACCAUAUUUGCCUCUUCCUGAAGUUAUUCAAACAAUUGACUGAAUUGGCCCCUGAACUGCACAUAGCCAUUGGCCAUUUUUGGGAAAUACCCAUAACAUUCGAAUAAGUCUGAUAUUCACAUCUAUUGUUCGUUAAAAUGCAUUAAUUAUUAUUUAUCAUGGCUCAUCGUUAUUACCAUUGUCAUUGAUUGAUUAAAAUAUUCCUGUUAUAACCACUAUGUGUUCGAUAAUCGUGUUCCAUAAUAUCUGUCAUAGUCACACUGAGCUGGGUAAGAACGUACGUCAAAUUUCGAUCAACCGAUACAUAUAUUUACUAGAUUUGGGAUGUUAUUACGCUGUUCGUUAUGUACAAUAAAAGUACAGUAUGUAUUA